UCAAAGAUGUUUGACAGUUUGACGUCGAGUCGGGUCGGUAGAAUCGUAAUGGUAAAUUGAUUUGAAUUAAAAUAAAAACAGAGAUUUUAAAAAGAGGUUGACCACAAUGGCUGACGUUUUAGAUAUUAACGAUGCCGUUGAUAUAGAUGUCGAAGAUGAAGGUGAGCAAAGCGUUUUGAGACUAAAAGACAAAGUUAUAAAACGAAAAGGUCGUGGUUUCGGUCCCGGCGAAGGAAGAGAGCACGAAAAAGUGAGAGGUUACGAGUCAAUUGAUGCUGGAGACCACGGCGACGAACCAGGGCCCCAAAAAUCAGUAGAAGGUUGGAUAUUGUUCGCUACUUCGGUUCAUGAAGAGGCUACCGAAGAAGAUUUAAGUAAGAAGUUUUCAGACUAUGGAGUAAUAAAAAACAUUAGUAUUAAUUUAGAUCGACGAACGGGAUUUUUGAAAGGAUACGCUCUGAUUGAAUACGGAACAUAUGAAGAAGCUUCUACAGCUAGAGAAGCUUUAAAUGGGUCUUCUCUACUAGGUCAAACGAUUGGAGUCGACUGGUGUUUUGUUAAAGGAGCAAAGAAGUCCAGAAGUAAACGUAGCAAGAGACACUAAUAAUACACAUUUAAAAACAAUCUGUUUCAGAUUAAUAUGUAAGAAGUUUUAUAUUAAAAUAAUUUAAUUUGUACAACUUAUUUUCACUUUAGUACAUUUUGUAAAUAACUUGGUCUUGAAUAUUUGGAGUUAUUUGUGUAGUAUUGAAUAUGCAUUUUUUAUGGAAUAAGAGAAUAAAUGCAGUGACACUUUUGAAGAUAAAAUGUGAAGAUUAUUCAGGUGAUUAAAAGUGUAACAAGGUAUAACCAGGUGUUUAAAUAUUAGAAGUUUGUCUAAUAAAAUAAAAAUAUGUUUGAUAGAUAA